GGAUCCGGGACUGGAAGUCGCCACGGGGGAUCUGUAGAAGACGGAGCCUUGGAAGAGACGUGGGGCCUUCCUGGAUGUAGGAGAGGUCCAGGACAGCAAGGAGAGCAGGGAGCCCUCAGCAGCGCCAGCCCGGUGCGAUGCGAUGCUCCCUGAAGCGCUGCCUCACCGCCGUGCUCGCAGCCUCCUUCCUCCUCCUCCUCUUCCUCCUCCUCCAUGGGGGCAGCCAGCAGGAACAGGAUCCCCUGGAGGUGGAUCUGAGGGGCCUGACCCCCGACACGAUCCUGCAGCUGCUGCAGCCGGGAGGAGCCCAGCACAUCCUCAGGGACACGGACGAGCUCUCCCCGCUCCACAACGUCUCCUACCAUGUCCUGGCUGGUUCCCUGGCACCCCAAAAAAAAUUCCUGGCGGUGGGAUUGGCGUCGGUGCGGCGGCCGCGCGGCUUCUACCUGCCGGCCACGCUGCAGUCCCUGUUCAGCCAGUCCACGGAGGAGGAGCUGCGGGAGAUGGUGGUGGUGGUGCACCUGGCCGACGCGGAUCCCGGCUGGAACGCGCGCGUCGCCCUCGGCAUCGCCCAGAAGUUCGCUCGCCACAUCCUCCUGGGCCGGCUGCUGCUCAUCCACGCCCCCCACGAGCUCUACCCCACCCUGGAAGGGCUCAAGAGGAACUUCAACGACCCUGAGGAGCGGGUGAGGUUCCGCUCCAAGCAGAACGUGGACUACGCCUUCCUGCUCGCCUUCGCCGCCAACCUCUCCUCCUACUACCUGAUGAUCGAGGAUGACGUGUGGUGCGCCCGCUCCUUCCUGACGGCCAUCCGCAAGGCUCUGGCCUCCCAGGAGGGCUCCAACUGGGCCACCCUGGAGUUCUCCAAGCUGGGCUACAUUGGGAAGCUCUACCGCUCCAGCGACCUCCCUCGCCUGGCUCGAUUCCUCCUCCUCUUCUACCAGGAGAUGCCCUGUGACUGGCUGCUCGUGCACUUCCGCCACCUGCUCACCCAGAAGGAUGUCAUCCGCUUCAAGCCGUCCCUCUUCCAGCACAUGGGCCUCUACUCCUCCUUCCAGGGCACCGUCAACCGGCUGGAGGACGACGAUUUCCAGGCUGAUGCCUUGGACGUUCCGGACAACCCUCCGGCGUCCUUGUACACCAGCAUGGCCGUCUUCGAGCACUACGAGCCCCUCAAGGCCUACAGCUCGGCAGAGGGCUAUUUCUGGGGGAAGGACCCAGCAGCUGGCAGCAUCUUCUCCGUGGUGUUCCGGCAGCCGGCCCUCGUCAGCCGCGUGCGGGUGCUCACGGGCUCCCAGGAGCGCCGCGGUGACUUCCUGCGCGCGGGGGUGCUGGAGCUGGGCCGGCGGCGCCGCCGCGACGGCCGCGACUGCUCCACCUACAUCCCGGUGGGAACCUUUGAGAAGGGCACUGUGGACCGGCGGGGGCUGGAGAGGGGUGUCCCCAGCCCCGUGGAGUGUGUGAGGAUCCGGGUAACCCAGGGCCAGAGCGAGUGGCUCAUCAUCCGGAGCAUCGACGUCUGGACCGCGGCGGGCACCUGAGCACGGCUGUCAGGGCACAGCUGGGUUUUGUUCCCAGAGGUCCUUUAUUUUUCUCAUUCCCGUUUUUUGAUAAGGAAUUAAAUUAUUGACUCCUG